UUAUAAAAAAAAAGACACGAGUAUCCCAUUGUCCGAAGGGAAAAUAUUUUGACUCAUCGUUACUCGCUGUUUAUUCUUGUUCAAGUUUUCCAUGGCCGAUCGCUCCGGAUCACAAUCUUCUGUCGACAUAACCAUGAAGGUGACCACCACGCCGGAGGCACAUUUAGCUUUCACCAACUUGGCUUACUGCUCAACCUCUGAUCUCUCUCAGUUCGCCAUUCCCGGCACCGAUCUCUUCCUCGCCAACGUCGCUGACGUCUUCACUCUUUCUUUGUCUGGACAUGAGAGCAUCCAAGAUGGAACCAUUGCUCUUAAUGCUGUUCAACGAAGACAUGCUAGAGUUUCUGCUGAUGACAUGGUAACCAUCGCCAGAUUCGUUCCUCCUGAAAAAUUUGACCUGACUUUGCUGGCACUUGAUUUACAAUUUGUGAAGAAGGGUACUAAAAAUGAACAGGUUGAUGCUGUGGUUCUUUCAACCCAACUCAAGAAGAAAUUCAUGUAUCAGGUCUUCACAGUAGGACAGAGAGUUACAUUUGAGUUUCAUGGAACUAAUUACAUUCUUACCGUCGACCAAGCGGUUGUAGAGGCUGAUUGGAACAAAAAAAGUGGUAUCGGAAGAGGGAUGAUCUGUAACGAUACAUAUUUUGUGUUUGAAGCAUCAAAUGCAAGUGGUAUAAAGAUUAUGAACCAACGAGAGGCUGCUACUCGCAAAAUAUUUAAAGAAAAGGAGUUCAACCUUGAGUCUCUGGGCAUUGGUGGCUUAAAUGCAGAGUUUGUUGAGAUAUUCCGAAGAGCAUUUGCUUAUCGGACAUAUCCUCUUCACGUCAGGAACAGAAUUGGGGCAAAGAACGUGAAAGGGAUUCUUCUUUAUGGACCUCCCGGUACUGGCAAGACCUUGAUGGCCCGCCAAAUUGGAAAAAUGCUAAAUGGAAAGGAGCCGAAGAUUGUGAAUGGUCCUGAGGUGCUAAGCAAGUUUGUGGGUGAGACAGAAAAGAAUGUCAGAGACCUGUUUGCUGAUGCUGAGAAUGACCAGAGAACCCUUGGUGAUGAUAGUGAGCUCCAUGUCAUUAUUUUCGAUGAAAUCGAUGCUAUUUGUAAGUCAAGAGGAUCAAGCAGGGAUGGUACAGGUGUCCAUGACAGUAUUGUAAACCAGCUCCUGACAAAGAUAGAUGGUGUGGAGGCCUUGAACAAUGUCUUAGUUAUUGGAAUGACAAACCGGAUGGAUAUGCUUGAUGAAGCUCUUCUAAGGUCUGGAAGGUUAGAAGUUCAUAUUGAGAUUGGCCUCCCUGAUGAAGCUGGACGUGUACAAAUUCUUCAUAUUCAUACGAAAAUGAUGAAGGAAAAUUCUUUCCUUGCUCCUGAUGUCAAUCUCCAAGAGCUUGCUGCUCAGACGAAGAACUAUAGUGGUGCUGAGCUUGAAGGUGUUGUGAAAAGUGCAACAUCAUAUGCUUUGAACAGACAUCUGGACAUUGAAGACCUUUCCAAACCAGUGGAUGAAGAGAAUAUUAAAGUUACUAUGGAUGAUUUUCUUCAAGCAUUACGUGAAGUUAAACCUGCAUUUGGAGCCUCUCCUAAGGCCCUUCAAAACUGCAGGCCCAAGGGAUUCGUGGACUGUGGUGAUCGGCAAAAUCUUAUCUACCAAAGAAUCAUGUUUCUUGUUGACCAAGUUUCCAACGAAACUGGUCCUCCAGUCACUUGUCUUCUUGAGGGACCUAGUGGAAGUGGGAAAACUGCUUUAGCUGCGACCAUUGGCAUAGACAGUAACUUCCCAUAUGUUAAAAUAGUCUCAGCAGAUACCAUGGCCGGUCUUCAGGAAAGCACAAAAGCUGCGCGCAUUGCUAAGGUCUUUGAGGAUGCAUACAAAUCACCAUUGAGUAUUGUUAUCCUUGACAAUAUUGAAAGGUUGUUGGAAUAUUCAGAAAUUGGACCACGAUUUUCAAACAUGAUCCUUCAAACAUUAUUGAUAUAUCUCAACCACCUUCCCAAAGAGGGGAGCAAACUUCUUGUACUUGGUACAACAAGUGAAUUAACUUUCUUGAAAGCUGUUGGUUUGCGCAAAGCUUUUUCUGUCACAUAUGAUGUUCCUUUACUUAGGACAGAGGAUGCCAAGAAGGUGCUAAAGCAACUAAACGUGUUCUCAGAUGAUGAUAUGGAAGAAGCUUCCAAAGCCCUUAAUGAUAUUCCAAUCAAGCAGCUGUACUUUCUUAUCGAGAUGGCAGCACAAAGAGACGGCAGGUCUAAAGAGACGAUCUACAACAGAAAGGAGAAAUUGAACCUCAAUCAUUUCUUUGAUUGCCUUGAGGAAGUUACAGAAAAUUAGAAUACAAUAGCUAAGUUAAGACAUUCGUAUUUAUGUUGUGUAAUAAAAUUGGUUCAGUUUCGUAUUGGAAUAUUAAACUCUAUUUCGUAAUAUAAUCUAUACUAUAUAAAAGU